AUGCCGGUCGCAGAAAAUGAAGAACAAAAGUUCUGGGAAUUGGGACUUUUAAGUUGUAAGUCAGUCAAAUCACUGCUUCUUACAGUUUAUUAUUAUAACGGGAAGUUAUUUGGGCUUCGUGGCGGUUAACAUAGAAAUAUAACUGUAGCAAAUUUUGAUGUUGGUUUGAAUUUCAUCCGUUUCGAAGAGGACUCUUCGCGGUGGUCUUACCGAUUUAAAAUACGAACCACGCACAGUGGAACAUGUUUGCAGGGGCCUCGCAGAGGGAGGGGUUGGGAGGGCUUACAAGCAAACAUUUGUUAGGUAGUAUCUAUUGUUAUUUCAGGGCAGAGCUCCAGGUUGGGACAUCAAUGGAUUAUAUUACAAACGAAUUGGUUCUUGAAUGUUUACACAGGUAGCAUAUUGUGCAGUAUUAUGUUACAUGUAUAUGAAACCAUGCGGUUGACUGAGUAAUUAUGUAAUCCGUAAGAAACAUCAGACGAACUUAAAAUAAGUAAAAACACACCUUGCUUUUCCUAAAAAUAUUUCAAAAUACAGAUGACGUGAAGAUAACCUAAUCAAUAUACGAGUUUCUCUCUUCCCAGCCUGUCUGCUUUUUAGUCUUUAUUUUUCUGUAUAAACCAUUUGUCUGACUGUUCGCAAGUCUCUUUCUCCUCCUCCCCGUGACAUCUCACACCAGAGAAAAAAGCGCCCAGAAGAUGAGAUUGUCUUUUAGUCUGCUUAUGGCCAUCGUCGAAAUUUAAAUUUCCCAUCUAUCUCUUUCUGACCGCUCUCUAACUUGCCCUUGCUUUUUCACUCUGUUUGUUCGGAUUCGCCAUCAACAUGAAUUCACUGUAUUAUCUCUGUUAUUUUCUAAGGGCCCCAAACCAUCAAACCGCUCAUCAUCUUUUUCCCAGCGUGAGUCAGAUCUAUUAUCCACAGAUCACUCCUACAGUCGCGCAAACAUGGGGUUUGGGGUGAGGUACAAUUACUAGCAGUCACUCUACGAGGGGAUUGUUAAUCAUAUUUCAUAUCUUAAAGCCCUGGCCCGGAGAAGGAGAAGUCAACCUUCUCCAGGCCAGAAGUAAUGACGGGCUGAAAAUAACGUGUGGUACUGGGAAGGAAAAAGGGUCA